CAAGAGAGCGAGCGGGCGGACGCGACCACCGGAGGGCGAGCGGGUACAAAACUCAAACAUGAACAACGAUACAUAUUACCAAUGUUCAAAGCUGAUUUGGGUAGAAUUGGAAUACAGUUGCAUACAACAUAUUCCAGAAGAAUUAGAAAAGUCAAAGUAAUGGAUAACAGAAAAGAGCCUCCAUUCUUCAAUGAAGAUAACGUGGGACCAUUUUAUUUCAAACUUCCUUUCUAUGACACCAUGGAACUCUUCAUCGAAACCUUGACUGGAACAUGUUUUGAACUAAGAGUUUCACCCUUUGAAGCUAUUAUCUCUGUGAAAGGAAAAAUUCAAAGAUUGGAAGGUAUUCCCAUCUGUCAGCAGCACUUAAUUUGGAAUAACAUGGAGCUUGAAGAUGAUUAUUGCUUGAAUGAUUACAACAUUUCAGAAGGUUGUACCUUGAAGCUGGUUUUGGCUAUGCGUGGAGGACCAAUAAGUACUAGAAAAGUUCCUGUGGAAGACCCACUCAGGGAGCUUGCUGAGUACAUGGAUUCCAGUCGCGAUGAGGCCUGGGAAAGGACCUCUUGCAACAAACAAGUUACAUUUUUGGUAUACCGGGAAGGAGAUCAACUGAAUUUCUUUCGUGUAGUAGAUAGGGGAGACGGCACUUUAACACCACUAUCUGAAUCUUUAAGAAUUAGGGCUGGUCUGUGUGAAGUGACUUUAAAUGAAGAGGAACAUUUUGCCAAGCAGACAAAGGAAGGAAAGUUACUACAGGCAUCCUGUAGAGAUUUUACCCAUUGUGUUAGUUCUAGCCGUCAGCUUCAGACAGCUGACUAUCAAGCUUGCAUUUGGAACAUUAAUUUAUCACCCUUUGGAUUUCUGUUGGGAGAAAACAUCCAUCACCUUCCACCUGUGAAAGCCCCUCUUCAAACAAAGAAGAAAAUAACGAAACAUUGUUUUCUUUGUGGAAAGAAAACAGGACUGGCCACUAGCUUUGAAUGCAGAUGUGGAAACAACUUCUGUGCAUCUCAUCGCUAUGCAGAAGCUCACGGCUGCACUUACGACUACAAAAGUGCAGGGAGGAGGUACUUGCAGGAGGCAAACCCUGUGGUCAACGCACCAAAACUUCCCAAAAUCUAAUUCUUCUCUGUGCUUUACUGCUUUGCCUGAGGAAUCGAUUAUAUUGACAGAGAACUA